AUGCCGCGCGGCGGACAGCGCGGCUGCCGCGUGCUGGGCUGCAGCAACGACCUUCAAUCUAGCUUCCAGCUGAAGUACCGCAUCUGCUCCCGCUGCUUCAAGGCGCCCACGCUGGACUGCGGCGGCACGCCCUCCCGCUUCUGUCAGCAGGCGAGGGCGGCUGCGGCUGUAUACACCCUCUGGAUGCGUUUUCUGAAGAGCGGCGCAGCUGCAGGCGCAGCUUGGAGAGGCACCAGCUGCGGCGCCAGAGCUCCCGGGCGGCGCGGCGCGGUGGCGGUGGCGGCGAGGGGCCAGACGGAAGAGACAGAGGCAGAGGCGGGGGCGGAGGAAGAAGCGCAAGCUACUGACAGCGGCGGGUCAGGGGCAGGGGUGGAGCCAGGAGACUCCCAGCAGAGCGAGGGCUGGGAGGAGCCGGCGGCGACGCCGCCGCCGGCGAGGCGCCCGCGCCGCUACCCUCCCGAGCAGCAGCAGCAGCAGCAAGCGCAGCAGGCGCAGCAGGCGCAGCAGGGAAGCGAGGCGCCGGUGCCGCAGGCGUGGCAGCCGCCGGGCGAGCCGCCGCCGCCGUGGCAGGCGCCGCUGGCACCUGGCGUGCGGUGGCAGGAGCGGCAGUGGCAGCAGCAGGCGGAGCAGGCAUCGGUGGGGCUGCCCUGGCAGCAGACGCAGCAGGCGCAGCAUGCACAGCAGGCGCAGCAGGCGGGCUGGCUGCCCGCCGCGCUGGCCUGGGGGGCAGAGCCCUCCUGCUGGCGGCAGCAGCUGCCCUGGGCCGCUGCCGAUCCCCCACGCCCGCACCCGCAGCCGCAGCAGGCGCAGCAGCAGGCGCAGCAGCAGGCGCAGCAGCAGGCGCAGCAGGCGCAGCACCCCCAGCAGGCGCAGCACCCCCAGCAGGCGCAGCACCCCCAGCACGCGCAGCAGCGGUGGCAGCAGGCCGGCUCUCCGCAGGCAGCUGCGGGGCAGCUGCCCGCCUGGCUGGAUGCCUACCUUCCGCCAGAACCGGGAUGCGGCACGCUGCCGCUGCCGCCGCCGCAGCAGACGCAGCAGCAGGAGCAGCCGCCGCGGCGGGAGGCCGCCGCCGACUGGCUGCAGGCGCGGUGGCCGGCGGCGGCGGCGGCGGCGCAGGCCCCACACCCACACACUGCCGGGCCCGCCUGGCAAGGGGCGGGCUGGGAAGGCGGCGCCGCGCAGGCCUGCCUGGCAGCCACCGCCCCGCGCCAACCGGCGCCAGCAGACAGCCUGGCCGCUCAAUCGCAGCAGGAGGAGCAACCGGGAGAGGCCUGGCAGCCCCUUGCGCCGCCGCCGCCGCCGCUGCCAGGCCGCCCCGCGCCGCCCCUGGGGCAGCUGGUGGCGCAGGCGACGGCGGCGCUGUCGGCGGCGCUGGCGCCGGCUGGCGGCGCCCAGCUGGCGCCAGGGGAGCAGGCUCGCCUCGCUGCAGAGAUAGAGGCUGCACUGUGUGCCGCGCUGGUGCCCCGGGGCGGCCCAGAGGUGGAGGUCGCACUGGCAGGCCAGCCCGCGGCGGCGGCGCCGGCACGCCUCGCGGUUUCGCCGCCGCCGCCGCUGCCGCAGCCGCAGCAGCCGCAGCUGCCGCCCCCGCACCACCACCACCGCCGCCAAUACCAGCAACACCAGCAGCAGGAGCAGGAGCAGGAGCAGGCGCAGCAGGCGGGGCCGGUCGCCAGCCUGGCGGCGCGGGCAGAGGCGGCACUGGAGGCGGCACUAGCCCGCCAGCAGCGGCUGGCAGCCGACUUGCAGGCUGCCCGGCAGGCGGCGGCCCUGGCUGCCCUGGAGCAGCCGACGGGGCAAGAGGGGGGGUGGGAGUGA